UGAAUGUCCAGCAAUGGUCCCCAAUGGAAGUGCUACUGCAUAGACUUUGAGAAGAGGGAGUUAAGCUACACGGAAGUAGCACUGGGCUUGUGUCGUCACAUCAAAUUGGUGAAAGAUGGGCUCUCAAGCACUACAGAUUUUACGUCAAGGGGUGUGGGCCUCACUAACUGGUGGCUGGUAUGUCGACCCCCAUCAGAGCACCUUUUCCAACUGCUUCCAUCUCUACCUCUGGAUACUCUUACUGGCCCUCCCCUUUCUUCUGUACAUGGCACUGCCACCCAGCAUCAUAAUAGCCGGGGCUUACUGUGCUGUGGUUGCCGUUUUCUUUAUCGCCAUAAAGGUGGUGAACUUUCGACUGCAUGCCAUGUUUGACCUGGGGGAGAUUGUGGAGAAGAGGCAGGCCUCGCUGACCACAGACCUCCAGAGAGUGGUGGAGGGGGACGAGGGCUCCGGGGCUCAUGAUAGCAGCCAGCACAGGGGAAGUGGGGUUGGAGUGGAGAUGACUGUGUUUAGAAAGGUGAACUCGACUCCUCCAGUGCGCUGCAGUUCUCAGCACUCCCUUUUUGGAUUGAACCAGGUGUCGGAAUUUCUGCCACAACUGGAAGACCCUGGAGGGUCUAAAGAUAUCAAAGCUCUGCUGCAGGAGCACAGCAGUGGGAUGAACUCAACUAGCAGAAGGGUUCUUCGACACAGCUCUCAGGAUGCAAUCAGAACAAGUGGUGUGGUUCAGUCCUGUCUGGCAGGGGAUUUCCCUGCUCUAAUGGGAGUAAGUGGAGUGUUGACAGGAGGUUUUGGGAGCCGGCAGCCGACAGACUGUCCCUCCAUUCCACCCUCCCCCUCUAGCCAGGAAGAUGGAGAAGAAAAAGAGCAGACACUGGUGGACAAUUUGACAGAGACACAGGUACAGCAGGGUCCUGAGAGGCCUGAUCUGGGUGGAUACUCUCCCCUUGGUCCUUCAGCUGAGUCUGAGAGCCUGGGGGAUGCCCCUCUUAGCCCUCUCAUAAAAAGCAGUUUGAGUGAGGAAUUAAGUGAGAAUUUGUUGGGCCUUGGCCUUGAUUCAGUGGUCUUUGGUGCAAGAGCAAAGCAGCCAGGCAGUCGCACCGGUUUGGCUCUGACUGCUGGUUCCACAGACAGUUGUGUGGUGACGGAUCGAGAGACUCUAAGCACAGUUAGUAGUUACCGCAGUGAGAAGACCGAUUCCACACAGCUAGAAAGCCCGUCUUCAGGCCAGCCACAUCACGCAGUCCCUGCACCCUGCUUUUCAGCCAUAGGUUUUUGUCAGCAGACAGAGGACCCCGCUUUUCUUGGAGGCAGUGACACAGAUGACAUCUCGGAUAGUGAGCUGCUAAGAUCGCCCACUAAAGAGCAUCAUCUUGGACUUGAUAGGACUUUAGUGGAGGGUGAAGAUGCACUCCCACAGCCCCCAUCCCGGCGAGACUCAUCCCCUUCUAGCAGCAGCGGUCUCUCAGAGGCCAGGGCCAUCCCCAUGCCCCCUGUCCCACCUCCACGCCAGGCUGGAUCUGUCCCCUCUGGUCUGGUGUGUUCAGAACCUGCUCUGGCAGUUUCCUCUACACCUUAUCUGCUGGCCGAUCCACCUACACUGCAGACCCAGCAGCAAGUUGUUAGACCCAAAGAUUUGAAGUUGUUGCGUGCAGGGGGCAGCAUGGCACAGCGGCCCGGGCGUAGGAAAGCACCACGUAAACGUGGCACUGCUGGCAGCAGCAGCUUUGACUGUGGGUCGUACCGACGCCGGCAUCACCACGGACGCAGCCAGCGAAGGGACUACGUGCCUGUGCGCAGCAGGCUGGGUGCCAAAGCCUACAGCGAAAGCCUGUUUGAGGACUCGAGUGACGAGGAUGAUGGCAGCGAUGCCAGUGCAGCCUCUAGCCUGGGCUCGCAGCGCCGCUUUAGCUCAGACGAUGAGGAUGACUCAAGCUCAUCUACCUCCUGCUACUCCCCUGACCCUGACAUUGCCUCGCAGCCCCCACCACUUCCUCAGCUGCCUUGCCCAAGCGAGGGAAAGGAGCCAGACAUAAUAGGCCCCUCUCACACCCGCAGUGCCCAGCGCUCAGCCAGCACAGCCAGUGCAAAGACUCAUGCCAGGGUGCUUAGUAUGGACGGUGCCGGUGGAGGUCACACCAGCACAGGAACUCUAGCUUCCACCAAUCUGCCUUUAGCAGCUUCCUCCACUCCCGCUCAACGGCCCCUCACUAUAUCAAAGUCGGACCUAGAGGCUCGCACUGGGCACUCUGAAGUCUUUCCUAGGGCCCACAGACUUGAACCUUUGGGGGGCUCGUGGACAGGAAAUCAGACUGGAUGGAGGGCAGGAGAACUGCUGGAGGAAGGAGCAGUGGGAGGAGCAUUGGCCGCUGAGGAGGGGAGUAAGCGAGACUCCGUAAGCAGUGUAAAAAGGACCCAAGCCAUCCGCAGAAGACACAAUGCUGGUAGUAACCCUACUCCACCGCCCUCCACCAUGGGUUCUCCACCCAGCCUCCAGGAUCUUCAGAGAGCCCGUGCCUCGUCCCAUUCCCGGGCACGCGCUCUUCCCACAGCCCUUCAGUUUGCCUCCUCUCUGUUGCUGCCUCGUAGCGGAGUGCAUGAGGCUUCUACGUUUGACGAUACCUCGGAGGGAGCCGUGCACUACUUUUACGACGAGAGCGGUAUAAAAAGAUCAUACACAUUUGGACCUUCAGGAGGAGGCUAUGAGGACCCAGUGCAGGAAAGAGAGAGGCAGUCACAGUCCUCCAGCUUUACCUCCACUGACGUGCAGGACGUAGCUCCUGCAUUGUCCAUACUACAGCCUAGACCUGUGGUCCUCCAGGGCAUGCAGGUGCGCAGAGUGCCUUUGGAAAUGCCUGAGUUUGACCUGGAUCACGAGUCCCUGCAGGAAUCUCAGGAGAACACACUAAUGAUUGAGGAGAAAGCCAAGCCGAAACAGUACUAUAAGUUCUGGGUGCUGCCGGGGACAUGGCUCAGAGUGCGCUAUGACCGAUUGGCGCUGCUUGCUUUACUCGAUAGAAAUCGACGAGUUGGAGAGAACAUAUUUGCAGUGGUGUUAGCGAGCCUGGUGGCGUUCCUCGGCUUUCAGCUCUUGCUGAAGGGCUUCUUCCGAGACAUUUGGGUCUUCCAGUUCUGCCUCGUCAUCGCCAGCUGCCAGUACGCCCUACUAAAGAGUGUGCAGCCUGAUGCAGCCUCUCCAAUGCAUGGUCAUAACUGGAUCAUUGUGUACAGCAGGCCGGUAUAUUUCUGCCUGUGCUGUGUGCUUAUCUGGGUUUUUGACCUAGCUGGCAAUUCAAGCAACCUGCAGCCCAUUUCCCUGUACGGAGUCACCUUCUUCUCUGCUCAUUUCCUCUGCUGUGCCAGAGACAUGCUGAUAGUUUUCAUCUUAUGUUUUCCGAUCAUCUUCCUCUUUGGGCUCCUACCUCAGGUCAACACCUUUCUCAUGUGUUUGCUGGAGCAGAUUGACAUGCACGUGUUGGGUGGAACUGCCACCACAAGUCCACUGUCCUCACUCUACAGCCUGUUCCGCAGUGUACUAGUAGCAGCUCUUGUUUAUGGAUUUUGCCUUGGUGCUAUCAAUGCACCUUGGGGGGAGGCUCAUGUUCCAGUGCUCUUCUCCGUGUUCUGUGGCCUGCUCCUUGCCUUGUCCUACCACUUGAGCAGGCAAAGCAGUGAUCCCACAGUCCUGUGGUCUUUAAUCCGAUCCAAACUCUUUCCGGAGCUGGAGAGCCGGAUCCCUGAGGAUCCGCCACUUGAAAUCAAGGACCCGCUGCCUGACAAACUGUGCAACUCGGUGAAGGAGAUUUUACAUUCAGACCUGGUCAUGUGUCCGCUCAUGGCCAUUAUCACUUUUGCCAUCAGUGCCAGUACUGUCUUCAUUGCUCUGCAGCCUGCUCUCAGUUUCGUCCUGUAUAUUCUGGCUGGGGUGGUGGGUUUCCUUACACACUACUUACUGCCUCAGUUCCGCAAGCAACUCCCCUGGUUCUGUCUGGCCCACCCAGUGCUACGCUCUCGCGAGUACAGCCAAUUUGAGGUCCGGGAUGCUGCUCAGCUGAUGUGGUUUGAGAAGCUGUAUGCUUGGCUUCAGUGUGUGGAGAAAUACUUUAUCUACCCUGCUGUGGUGCUCAAUUCCCUGACAACUGAGGCUCACACUAUCAGCCAGAACCUGAACAAGCCGGGAAAUUAUGGUCGAGCUCUGUUUAUCUCGGUGGCCGGAAUAAAGCUGCUACGCUCGUCCUUCUGCACCCCCUCCCAGCAGUACGUCACUCUCUGCUUCACCGUCCUCUUCUUCCAGUUCGACUACCCACGCUUUUCUGAGACCUUCUUGCUUGAUUACUACUUUUUGUCCAUCCUCUUCAGCAAGUUGUGGGAUCUACUGUAUAAGCUGCGAUUUGUGCUGACCUACAUUGCUCCAUGGCAAAUAACCUGGGGCUCUGCUUUCCAUGCUUUUGCCCAGCCAUUUGCUGUGCCUCAUUCGGCCAUGUUGUUUGUGCAGGCCCUAUUCUCUGCCCUCUUUUCCACUCCGCUCAACCCUGUGCUCGGUAGUGCUGUAUUUGUUACCUCCUACACCCGCCCUGUCAAGUUCUGGGAACGAGACUAUAACACCAAAAGAGUGGAUCAUUCUAAUACACGUCUGGCCACUCAGCUUGACCGCAACCCUGGCGCUGAUGAUAACAACCUGAACUCCAUCUUUUAUGAGCACUUGACGCGCUCACUGCAACACUCAUUGUGUGGAGACUUGCUGCUCGGCCGCUGGGGUACCUACAGCACGGGAGACUGCUUCAUCCUGGCCUCAGACUACCUCAAUGCCCUAGUACACCUAAUUGAAAUUGGCAACGGCCUAGUCACCUUUCAGCUCAGAGGCCUGGAGUUCCGGGGUACGUACUGUCAGCAGCGGGAAGUGGAAGCUAUCACUGAGGGAGUGGAAGAAGACGAGGGCUGCUGCUGUUGUGAGCCAGGCCACUUGCCCCACAUGCUGUCUUUCAAUGCAGCUUUCGGCCAGCGCUGGCUAGCCUGGGAGGUUGCAGCCACCAAGUACGUCCUGGAAGGCUAUAGCAUCAGUGAUAACAAUGCUGCCUCCAUGCUGCAGGUGUUCGACCUCCGCAAGAUUCUCAUCACCUAUUAUGUUAAGAGUAUCAUCUACUAUGUGAGUCGCUCACCCAAACUGGAGGAGUGGCUGGCCAAUGAGACAGUGUUAGAAGCAUUAAGGCCCUGCCUCAGUGCCACCUAUGUAGACAGCGACCCCACCUUUAACUUGAACAUUGAUGAAGACUAUGAUCACCGAGCUUCUGGCAUCACCCUUUCUGCUUUUUGCUUGGUUUACCUGGACUGGAUACAGUAUUGCAACAGUCGCCGACAGAAGCCUGUGGAUAGUGAGAAAGAUUCCCCUUUGGUCACACUCUGCUUUGGACUCUGCAUUCUGGGUCGCAGGGCUCUGGGCACAGCAUCCCACAGCAUGUCUGCUAGCCUGGAGCCAUUUCUUUAUGGCCUGCAUGCUCUGUUCAAAGGUGAUUUUCGGAUCACCUCACCAAGGGAUGAGUGGGUGUUUGCUGAUAUGGACCUUUUGAAUCGCGUGGUGGCGCCUGGUGUGCGCAUGUCUCUCAAACUGCACCAGGACCACUUCACCUCUCCGGAUGAGUUUGAGGAUCCUGUCGUGCUAUAUGAUGCCAUCACAGCUAACGACGAGAAGAUGCUCAUCUCUCAUGAAGGAGAUCCAGUGUGGCGCAGUGCUAUUCUGGCUAACAUGCCCUCAUUACUGGCUCUGCGCCAUGUCAUGGAUGACGGCAGCGACGAGUACAAGAUCAUCAUGCUGAACAAGCGUUUCCUCAGCUUCCGGGUCAUCAAGGUGAACAGAGAGUGUGUGCGUGGGCUAUGGGCCGGACAGCAGCAGGAGCUGGUCUUUCUGCGGAACCGAAACCCUGAGCGAGGCAGCAUCCAAAACGCCAAGCAAGCACUGCGCAACAUGAUCAACUCAUCCUGUGAUCAGCCUAUCGGAUACCCAAUCUAUGUCUCCCCCCUCACCACCUCGUAUGCAGGUGGCCACGGCCAGCUCCGUUCUGUGUGGGGAGGCCCUGUGAGCCCCCACAAUAUCUACACCUGGUUCAUUAGCAGCUGGGACAGGCUCCAGAAGGGCUGUGGUGCAGGCUGCAACAGUGGUGGAAAUAUUGAAGACUCGGACUGUGGUGGUGGUUCUUCCUCUAUCAGUAACAACCCCACAGUUCACCCUCCCCAAAGCACAGCACCCACAGUGUCCCAGUCCCACAUCCCCACUGUGCAGCCAUCAAUGGGAACAGACAACCCUGCAGGACCAAGCUGGCCAGUCCACUCCCAGCCCCUCCCCCUGACACUACUCAGCCAAUCAGAGGGCAGGAUGGAUGCAGGCCUAGUCAGCUCUCUUCAGCGUACAUCUUCCAUACAGGGUCUGCUGGGUCAGCACCUGUCCAGCUCACAGCUGUCUUUUAGCGGAUCAGUAGCCAUGCCACUGGCUGAGCGCUUCUGUCCCGGUAGCCUGCAGGACAGCACCAGCCACAGGGCCUCACUGAGGGGUAUAAGCAUUGGGCUCGGCCAGGGCGGCGGCUUGCACUAUGACGCUAUUUACAGUAAGUGGAGUCUGUCGGGCAGAAAAGGUUUUAAUGGGCCAGCGGCAGUGGAGGGGGAUGCAGGGCAUCCUCACAGUAUCCGGACUCAGCCUUUUCAGCCUUCACCACCUGCACCACCCCCUGAGGUCAGCCCAACACUAGAUCAAGUGGGUGCUCCUGUGCCGACUGAGACUACGCCUCUUACAUCAGAUCCUCCCAGUUUGCAGGAGGAGGCCACCGAACUGCCUUUACUUGAGCAUCUUCGCUGAGACUACAUAGACGAUCCUGUACAUUUAGGCCAAGUAAAUCUGGGAUCUGGAGCUGGUCUCCAGCUAAGCCCACCGAGUUCAGUCCAGCUAACGAAGAGUUAAAAGCUUGCCUUUAUGUCAAGUCAAGCUGACUCCAUCAACUUGUUGCAUUUUUUCUGCGCUUAACUGCUUCGCAGGAAUGGGUAUUAUUUUGCUCAGUAUGCGAGCACAGUCAAAGGGUACUGCAUGGCACAAAUGCAUUCAGGUUACAAGUUAUAAACCAAGUCUUGAACUUGUGUUAUGGAACCUUUUGAAUAGGGAUCCAGUCACAUUUUGGCUUUGCAUGCCAAAAAACUCCAAGCCAGUACAAUCUGAAGAAAUUGUUGAUGAAACGGUGGGUCUGUUGGGAUCCUCAAGUUUGAAUCCUUCACUUCAAUCACGUUAAGAAAGGAAGGUCUGUGUGAUACAACGAUUAGAGCCUUUAUCUGCACAUCGUAUAGAAGAACCUACUGUUUAGCAGGAUUCUUUUCACCCACUGUUCCUGCCACAGGACUACCGUUUAUGUACAGCAGAAUUUGAUUUGCCAUUUAAGCACCAAAGAACUUGAGCUUUCAUCCCCUUUACAUUCCUAAAAGCUAUCUGAACGAUAACAUCUCUUAUGGUUCAUUUCAGUGCCCUUAGGGAAUUUGUAUGUCACAAUUUCGGUCGAUGUUGGUUAAUCGUGACGGCUACGUCAGACAGCUUCAGGGAUAAAACACAAGAACACAGUUAUUCUGACAGGUUUCUAUGAAGUUUGGUGCUCCUCUUGUAUAAUUUACAAUUCACCAGGAGAAGCAAAAUGGUCAUCAAGAAUCUAUCUGAGGGACAAAUUAUAACAUUCAAAAAGGUGCCUUCAGUGGCCCUCCAUAUCUUCAUAUCAAAAUCUGCACAGUUUAGCCAUUUUUCCUAUCCAGGACUUCUCUCUACAGAGUGCACUCUGGGUGUGCUGGAGUAGAAAAAAUAUAUGCAGUGCUGGCUCUCCUCUGAUUGGACCUUUUGCCUUUUUUUUUUGUCUUUUCUUGUGGUCGAUCACCAAGCAUCGGCCGUACAGCUUCUCCUACUGUGAUACUACUGCUACUGCACCAUCUCCUCUACUACUAAUGGAUCUAACUAAACUACUGCUCCUUUUAACCUCCAGCGUUUUAGUUGGAGCUUAGUUGAACCUGGGGGGAGGGUGAAUGAAAUAUAAAACAAAUACAUAUUUAUUUGAAUGCUGACCUUGUUUGGAGUUGGAGGAUUUGGCGGUUUUUGGUUUUUGUCACAUGCCAAUGAUAACUGGAAAGUGAUUCUACUCUUGAUUGAGCAGUAGCCUCUGCUUCACCCAGUCUUUUCAGGACCGUUCAGACAGCCUUUCUAUGCUUUUCACUCUUUUUGCCUAUUAUUUAAAUUGGCUUAUGCCUCACAAAUUAAACAAGUAAAGCAGUGAGUGCAUUUACAUGCAUCUUAUUAAUUUAUAAAAUGCUAAAUGAAACUAGAGAAACUGCAUAGACAGCAUAAAGACCCCUUUCAAAAACAGAGUACUCCCUUGCCACUUUAUUUUAAAAGACACUAUCACUUAGUUGAACAUUUUAAUUGAUAGCUUGUAGAACUGAUAGAACUGUCAGCAGCUAGACUUUGACAACUCUCUCACUUCUGUUAACUAAUAACAUUUAUGAUUAAACUAUUAUGAUUUUGCACAUGUAACUGCACUCAUUGACUGCUAAUAAGAACAGAUGUCUGACUUUUCUCUGAAGAUCACAGCUCAAGGUCCUGGGGCACAAAUACCUGCUGGUUGUGAUGGAGCAAACAUGCCCUAUAGGAAAUUUGCAUUUUGUCUUGUUUGUUCUGUAAUUUGUUACAUGGUGUAUGGUUUGUGAUUGGCCAAAGCUGUACUCUAAAAAUUGGAUAAUAGAUGGUGGAGGUGGAUUCCUGCAUGGUCAGGCUUUGUGAACUGUGCUUUAAAGUUGAAGGGUCAUGGCUAUUGAAAAAAACAUAAAAGGGUUUGCAGAUUGGUAUUGUUCUGAAAGAGCAUGAUCAUUCCGACUGCUGGUUUCCAUGGAACGUAUUUACUUAUGUGGUGAUGGGUUGCAGUGCUUUAUUUAUGAUGAUUUUGGCCUGGCUUUAGUUUCAUCGUCUUUUCUGUUUGUAGGAGCCCUCUUAAAACCUUCAACUACAAUGCAAAAUCAAACAAAACCCAAAAUCUAUAUGCAGUACCAUUAUCCAGUUUGGUAUGUGUUCAUCCCCUCUUACACAUUUAUAGCUUGUUUUUCUCUCAAAUGAUAUUUGCUAAUCAGAUCUAGAACUCUAUGCAUGGCAAUAGGCAGACAGUACUGCAGCUGUACCUCAAAUGGCUUAUUUUGCAUACUUUUCAUAUGCGUUUAUAUAAAUGCAAACUGUUUAAUGUAUAAAAUCACAAACAAAAUUUAGUUUGCAGCCUGCUUGUUGUAGUGGAAGGUGAUACACCUGUUGUGGUCACUCAAUUUAAAUCAUUACUGAUGGCCCUGUUUAUGUUUGAUCAGCAUUUAACUUCAGUGAACAUUUAGCUGAUGUGUUGAUUGAAUUUAUGCAUUCUCUAAUCUGUGUAGUGGAUGUUUUUCUUUAUUCCUGGUUUGGUAUAUGGCUUUAGAAAGCAACAGAUUCUUUGAAGGCUAACCAGCCUAAGGCACUGAACAAUAAACGGUCACUUCUGUUUAGUGCAAAAUGCUCAAGUAUGUUAAGUCUUUGUGCUAAGUAAUAUAUGCAAAAUAGCAAUGUAUAGUGAGGCUGUUACGGCAACCCAAUACAGCAAAACCUAAAUUUAUGAUAAGGUAUUUAUUUGGUCUGUUUUGAAUUUUUGUUUUGUUGUUGGUAAGAUGUGCAACACAUUGACCUUUAUAUGGUUACGGUAGCUAUCAAAUGAUUGCUGCCCUGCUUGUUAACAGUAGCCAAUCAGAGCUGGAGAAUGUUGGUCAAAAAUAUGUCCUUUAGCGACAUUGUGGUCACAUGGGCUUUAAAAGCUCAAAAAUAUGACGGCCAUAGUGCAUAGUACGCCGUUUGAGAUGCAGCUAAUGUUUCAUGCUUUGUGGUCAGACAUUCAUUCCUUCUGUGUUAAACGCAUUGCUUCACACACUGUUUGCUUUGUCUUGCUCUGCUCAGGUUUUAAACGCCACUUUUAUAGAAAAUCUUUAUGUUGCUAAGCCAAUUUUGUUUUGCUUGUAAUGUCUGUGUCAAUGCAGUGAUCAUUUGUCAAUCUUAGUAUAAUCUCCAAAGCUACAUGGCAUUUAAAGACGAGGCAAGCACAGGUUACUGAACAGUCUCGGGUGUCGCUAAUAAAAGGGACUGAAUGGAUUUCUGCCGUUUAUCAGCGGUAUGUUUUGUAUAUAAAUAUAUAUUUGAAAGUAUAUACAUCUAUUUUAUUAUUGGAUUCCUGGUUAUUUUUCAAUAACACUAUGCUGAGUCUUAGGGGAGCUGUGUUACUGUUCCCCCUUUAUGCAGAGAGGUAAAAAAAAGUGCUCUCUGAUCUCAUGCAGUUUUGGAAAGGAGAGCGAUUAAAUACUACUUUUGCACAAGUAUUGUAAAAUAGUACACAUCCCUUUUUUUUUUUAAAUCACAUUUUAGUUCUGUAUGGGGUAUUGUUUUAUUUAAAGGUUGUUCAUUAUUCAAAGAUAUGUACAGUUUUUUGGAUUUUUUUGUGAAUUAUUUUUAUUUUUUUUCCCUUCUAUUUAAAUUAAAGCUUUUUCGGUCAUCA